AUGGCAGAGUACUCGUCCGCGUCUCGUGCAGAUCUCCUGCAGCGUAUCAUCGAUCUCGAGGGCCAGCUGGCAAGACACAACCAGAGUGCGACAGCCCCUGCACCUGCACCUGCACCUGCACCUGAGAGCACAGACAGUUUGGUCAAGGGCUCGAGAUCCACCAAGAUACGUCUGACUAGAAGGGAGAUUCUUGAGCAAAAACCGCUUCGGCAGCUAGACUUUUCGCGCUACGUGCACAAGUAUGUCGCCUUCAAGUAUGCCUACUUGGGCUGGCACUACAAUGGUCUCGUGACGCAAAAUAUGCCGACAGAGUUCCCGACUGUUGAAGAAGAGAUCUUCAAGGCAUUGUUAAAGACGAAGAUGAUUCAACAUCCGGAUGAAUGCAACUUCUCGCGGUGCGGAAGAACCGAUAAAGGUGUGUCUGCUAUGGGUCAAGUGAUGGCGCUACGUGUGCGAACAAACGUUUUGCUCGAAGAUGCAGAGACUAGCACAGUGGCGCCCAAGUACAUUGAGCAACUCAACGGCUGUCUCCCGCGGACAAUUCGCAUCUUGGCGUAUGAUGAUCGGAUAGCAGACGAUUUCUCAGCCCGUUUCAGCUGCGUCAAACGACACUACAAGUAUCUCAUUCAUCCUGCCGUGAUUGGCAGUACACCUCUUGAUAUAAAGGCUAUGAAUGAAGCAUGUAAGCUGCUGGAAGGCGACCAUGACUUUCGCAAUUUCUGCAAGCUCGACACGUCCAAGCAAAUCACCAACUUUAAGCGCAUCAUUCUGCGCUGCAGCAUCACGCCUCUUGAGCCUGCAUGCGGUGACCCUCUCAAGGACUUGAUGGUGUUGGAUCUAGAGGGCACUGCGUUCUUGUGGCACCAAGUACGUUGCAUCACUGCAACAUUACUGGCAAUCGGUCGUGGGCAUGAACAGCCUUCCCUCAUUACACAAUUGCUCAAUGUUGAACAAGUACCUACAAAGCCGAGCUAUGAAAUGGCGAAUGACCUGCCUUUGACUCUGUAUGAUACCGAUUUUGGAGAUAAGGUAAAGUGGCAGUAUGGCCAAUAUGCAGAUCGCUUUGCUGCCAUUUCCUUCGCCACAUAUCAUGAGAGUUUGUUACAGGAAACGAUCUCGAGCUGGCUGGUCCGUGCGGCGCUUGAUAGUGCAGCUGGCUAUGCAGCACAGCAUCCAGGCGCCAAAGGAACCAAUGAUGAUGGGCUUGAUACUCUGAGACAGACGUUAAUGAAUGGCAUUGAUAUUGGUGAUGGACACAUCAAGCCGUGGCGGGAGUAUACGCCCGUCAUGAAGCGGAAGCGAGGAGACUUGCCAGAGGAGGUGAAUGCUAGGUACGCUGCUCGAAUGGAACGACGUGAUGAACUCAGAAAGACUCAAGAUACAGAUAUGGCCGAUUGA